GCGGCGGGCGCUGGACGCGCGGUGCCGGUGGCGGCGGCGGCCAUGUCCCGCCGGGGCCCCGCUCAGGCCUCGUCGUGGGGCGCGGGCACCGGCAGGCUGAGGCGCGUGCAGGCGUCGGGGCCGGAGCAGGCGCAGGCCCAGCAGCUGCAGGAGCUGCGGAGCAGGACGGAGAAGGCGGAGCGGAGGCUGCUGGCCUGCGAGAACCUGGUGGGCGAGCUGGGCAGCAACCUGGCGGCGCUGGGCAGCCUGCUGCAGGACUACGGGCAGCUCCAGCAGCGCCUGGACAACGUGGAGAACCUGCUGAAGAACAGGAACUUCUGGAUCCUGCGCCUGCCCCCCGGCACGCGGGGAGAGGUGCCCAAGGUACCGCUGACGUUCGAUGACAUUUCCGUGUACUUCAACGAGCAGGAAUGGGAGAUGCUGGACAGCUGGCAGAAGGAUCUGUACAAGGCCGUGAUGAGGGGGAACUACGAGACCCUGAUCUCCCUGGACUAUGCUGUGUCCAAGCCCGACAUCCUGUCCCGGAUCGAGAGGGAUGAAGAGCUCUGCGCCAAGGGCUGCCAGGAGGCCCCUCAGCCGGACACCCAGCACGGGCAGGAGCCCACAAAAACGUAUCUGAGAGACGUCCAGGAGCCCCCACAGACGUGCGUCGGGGAUGGGCAGGAGCCCUUGGAGACGUGUAGCAGAGGGAGUCAGGACCCCGCGCCGACGCGCAGCCAGGACAGCCAGGAGCCCCCGCAGACAUCCGUCAGAGAUGGCCAGGAACCCCCGCCGGCACCAGAAGAUAGGGAGCGGGUGCAAGAGGCCUCGGGAGAUGACAUGGAAGUGGAAGAUGACGUGGACUAUGCUGUGUCCGAGCCCGACAUCCUGUCCCGGGUCGAGAGGGAUGAAGAGCUCUGCGCCAAGGGCUGCCAGGAGGCCCCUCAGCCGGACACCCAGCACGGGCAGGAGCCCCCCCGAACACCAGAAGAGACGGGCCCAAAGGAAGAGGCUUUGGGAGAACAGAAAGUCCCCGUGGGGGCCGGCACAGCAGAGCUCCCCAUCCUGGUGAUGAACGUCACGUCCCUGAGGAGAGAGGAGCUGAGCAGGGAAAUCAAGCGUGAGGCGGAGGUGGAAGAGGACCUGGCCCAGCGUGGCUCUGAGGAAGGCUCUCUGCUGGAAAACAAAAAGGCCUGCGAAGGGGCUUCUCCUCCUGAAAGCCUCGAGGUGAAGGAGGUGGGGCCCAACGCGCUGCAAAAGGUUUCUGCACCUUCUCCCGAGCCAGCACUGCAGAAGUGCCCGGAAGGAGAGCAGGCCAAGCCCAGGAGCAAGAAGAAGCCCAGCAGGUGCUCGAGCAACAGCCUGCUGAUGGGCGACUGCCGGCGCGGCUACGUGCGGGAGUGGUCGCACCCCUGCACCGAGUGCGGGAAGCGAUUCCGUCUGAAAAUCAACCUCAUCAUCCACCAGCGGAGCCACGCCAAAGAGGGGCCCUACGAAUGCACCGUGUGCGAGAUCAGCUUUGCAGACAAAAGCCGCCUGGUCCUGCACCAGGCCAUCCACACCCAGGACAGGGCUUUUGCGGCCAAGGUCUGGGGGAACACGCACCCAGAACUGAGGAUAGGGCCGAGGAAGAAGCUGUGCAGGGCUCCCCACAGCACUGCCCACAGCUUGGGUAACCGGACACAUGCGGGGGGAGGGUGGCUGGGCCAGACCAAGGAGGAGCAGGACACAGGGAGCCUGUCCGGGGCCUAUUUCUCCCCGCAGUCGACGCUUAGGAAUUACGCGAAACGCCCGCUGAAAUGCGACCUCUGCAGCAAGUUCCUGUCUUGCUCCUCUGCCCUCCAGCGGCACCUGCAGACCCACUCCGAGAAGAGGCCGUUCCGCUGCGCCACCUGCAAGAAGGGCUUCACCCGUAACAACCACCUCGUGCGCCACGAGCAGAUUCACGAACGCCAGAAGGCCCUGGAGAGCCAGCAGCCCAAGACGCUCUAGCGCUCAACUGCGGCCAGGAGGCCCCAGCUGAAAGCAGCCCCCGAGGUGCCUGGCAAGGAGCCGUCCUCGCUGCUGCCGAAGCUGCUCCAGCCUCCUGGUGGCUGCUGUGGAACUCAAACUUCCAGUUACCAGACUCAUAAAACAGCCCGAGCUGGAGGAGACCCGCAAAGAUCCUCAAGUCCAACUCGGGAACUGCUGCUGCUGCAGUGGGAGCCCAUUGGGAGAGCUGGAAGUAGGGCAGCAGUCUGGGGGCAAGCGACGUGACUACGGGAGGGAUCCAAGCCGCUCGUGUCCCUGGGCAGGAACUGGGAGCCUUCAGACAGAUCCUGUACGUGGUGGGGCAGCGGGGUCGCGAACCAGCCAUCAGCUGGAGUUUUGGAGCUUUCCCGAGUCGCAGAAUAAAUCAAAGCUUGGGCACCGUUACGUGAACAAAUCACAGAAGCCUCCAGGGGU